AUGUCUUCGCACCAAAACGAGCCCAUCGCCAUCAUUGGCAACGCAUGCCGAUUCCCCGGUGACUCUACUUCCCCCUCCAAGCUCUGGGAGCUUCUGAAGCAACCCCGUGAGGUUUCGCGCAACAUUGAUCGUUUUCAAUCUGCUGGCUUCUACAACAAGGAUGGACACUACCACGGCGCUAGCAACGUCCAGCACUCUUACUUGCUUAAUGAGGAUCCACGCCUGUUUGAUGCCCAGUUCUUCAACAUCCCUCCUGGCGAGGCCGAAUCCAUCGAUCCCCAGCAGCGCAUGAUUCUCGAGACCGUCUACGAUGCCGUUGAGACUUCUGGCCUGGUUCUCGAGAACCUCCGUGGAUCAAAUACUGCUGUAUACGUCGGUGUCAUGUGUGACGACUAUGGCAACAUUUGCUACGUCGAUCAGGAGUCCAUUCCCACUUAUGCCGCCACCGGUACUGCCCGCAGUAUUCUGUCCAACCGCGUCUCCUUCAUCUUUGACUGGAGAGGCCCUUCGAUGACUAUCGACACCGCUUGCUCCUCGUCCCUGGUCGCCCUUCACCAGGGUGUGCAGGUCCUCCGCAGUGGCACUUCUCCCAUUGCCAUUGCCGCUGGUGCCAACCUCAUCUUCUCACCCAACAUGUUCAUCGCCGAGUCUAACCUGAACAUGUUGUCGCCCACUGGCCACUCUCAGAUGUGGGAUGCCAACGCUGACGGUUAUGCUCGCGGUGAAGGUAUUGCUGCUGUUGUCAUGAAGCGUCUCUCCGACGCCAUCCGUGAUGGUGAUAAUAUUGAAUGCAUCAUCCGCGAGACUGGUGUCAACCAGGAUGGCCACACCCCCGGUAUUACCAUGCCUAGCCAGGAGGCUCAGACUCGCCUUAUCCACGAGACCUAUGCUCGUGCUGGCCUCGACCUUUCCAAGCCCGAGGACCGCCCCCAGUACUUUGAAGCCCACGGUACUGGUACCAAGGCUGGUGACGGUGUGGAAUCCAAGGCCAUUUACAAGGCCUUCUUCCCCGAGUCGGACGACAAGCACGACACUCUCUGGGUCGGUUCUAUCAAGACCAUCAUCGGCCAUACUGAAGGUACCGCUGGUAUUGCCGGUGUGAUGAAGGCGUCUCUUGCUAUUCAGAACAAGACCAUUCCCCCCAAUAUGCACUUCAACACCCUCAACCCCGAAAUCACUCCCUAUUACGGUAAGCUCCAGAUCGCUACCGCUGCUCAGAACUGGCCCAAGCUCGCUUCUGGUUCGGUUCCUCGUGCCAGUAUCAACAGCUUCGGUUUCGGUGGUACCAAUGCCCACGCCAUUAUUGAAGCAUAUGUGCCAGAGGCGCCCAAGGCGCUUACUCAGGCAGCCCCUGCUGUCGCCAACCCACUGGCCCUGACCUUCUCUGCUACUUCUGAGAAAUCUCUGACAAACUUGAUGGCUAACUACCUCGAGUAUCUCACUGAAAACUCCGAGGUGGAUAUCGGUAAGUUGGCGUGGACCCUGCAUGACCGCCGUUCCACUUUCAGCUACCGCAGCUCGGUUGCUGCGCAGACUCAAGAUGAGCUCGUUGCCAAGCUGCAAAAGUCUGUAGAGGACCAGCAGUCUGGAAACUCUUCCGCCGUGACCCGUGGUACCUCGGCCAAGAAGAACCUCCUCGGUGUCUUUACCGGCCAGGGUGCUCAGUGGGCUACAAUGGGUAGAGAUCUCAUUUCAUCCUCCAAGUUUGCUGAGAGCAUCAUCGACAAGCUUGAGAAGUCCCUUGGUGAGCUUCCUGAGGGCGAUCGCCCAUCCUGGUCCCUCAAAGAGCAGAUGAUGGUCGACCCUUCCAAGUCGCGCAUCACUGAGGGUGAAUUGUCUCAGCCUCUCUGCACCGCCGUCCAGGUCAUGCUGGUUGAAAUGCUCAAGGUGGCCGGCAUUGAAUUCGACAGUGUCGUUGGCCACUCCAGUGGUGAGAUCGGUGCCGCAUACGCCUCUGGCUUUAUCAGUGACACGGAUGCCAUUCGCAUUGCGUACUACCGUGGCCGCUAUGCUUACCUCGCUCGUGGCCCAGAAGGCCAGCGUGGUGGUAUGUUGGCUGCCGGUACUACUCUGGAGGACGCUCGUGAGCUUUGCGAUCUUCCUGCCUUUGAGGGUCGCGUUAGCGCUGCCGCUUACAACUCGUCUUCUUCCGUCACCCUCUCGGGUGACUUGAAUGCUAUUGAGGAGGUCAAGGAGGUUCUUGAUGACGAGAAGAUGUUUAACCGUCAGCUCAAGGUUGAUACUGCCUAUCACUCUCAUCACAUGAUUCCUUGCUCUCAGAAGUACUACGAGGCUCUUGAUGCUUGCAAGAUCAACAUCAUGACCCCAUCUGGACGCACCAAGUGGUACUCGUCUGUUUACGAUGGCAAGGUCAUGGAGCCUUGCGAUGCGCUCAAGCACCAGUACUGGGUUGAUAACAUGGUCAACAUUGUUCUGUUUGCUACUGCUCUGGGCGCUGCUCUCAGCAGUUCUGAGCCCAAGCUUACUCAGGCUAUUGAGGUCGGCCCCCACGCCGCUCUCAAGGGCCCUGCCUCCACUGUCAUUGAGGAGACCAUCAAGUCUACUAUCCCUUACACAGGCACACUGUCUCGUGGCCAAAAUGACGUUACCGCCAUGGCCACCUGCCUAGCCUACCUCUGGGCCCAGUUCGGCCGCUCUUCUGCCGACUGGAAGGCCUACUACGGCCUCUUUGCCGACUCUACUCCCAAGACUAUGCUCAACCUGCCCAGCUACCCCUUCAAUCACGAGCGUCUCUUCUGGUAUGAGGCUCGCAAGUCGCGCGUCAACCGACUCCGUGAGGACCCUGCCCACGUCCUCCUCGGUACCCGCACCGACACUAUCAACGAGCGUGAAAUCCGCUGGCGCAACUACAUCCACUCUGGAGAAAUUCCCUGGCUUCAGGGACACAACAUCCAGGGCCAAACGCUGUUCCCUGCUGCCGGGUUUCUUGUCAUGGCUGUCGAGGCUGCUCGCAUUGCUGGCCGUGCUGAAGCUAUUCAGGCGAUUGAGCUGAAGGACUCUGCUAUCCACCGUGCCCUAGCCAUUAGCGAAGACAAGGGUAUCGAGACUCUUUUCACUCUCUCCAACGUCACCAUAACCGAGACUGGUGAGGGUACUUCCGUCUUGACUGCUCGCUUCGCUUGCGAUGCGUGCCUCCAGAAGCAGUCUGACAACUUUGUCUCUAUUGCUAGCGGUGAUGUUAUCAUGACCUACGGCACUCCUUCCUCCUCUGCUCUUGUUGAAUACCCCAAGGAGGAGGGUCUCGGCAUGCUUGACGUCGAUGCUGACCUCUUCUACGCUUACCUUGCCAACAUUGGUUACAACUACGCCGACAUGUUCAAGGGUAUCACUUCCCUUCGAAGAACCACUGACCUUGCUCAGGGUGUCAUUACCACCAAGGUUCCUGAGGCUCUGGCCAACGAACCUAUUGACCAGUUCCUCCUCCACCCUUCUACUCUCGAUGUGGCUUUCCAGGCCAUCUUCGCCGCCAUCUCCUUCCCUGGCGACGGUGCUCUCUGGGCCUUGCACAUCCCCACCACUAUCCGUCGCGUCACUAUCAACCCUGUGGUUUGCCCCAUGAACGGUGGUGUUGACGAAAAGGUCCGCUUCUCCGCUACCUCUAACCGUGCCGAUGAUGGCACCUUCUCUGGCUGUGUCGACAUCUUCCCUGUCCACAGUGACUUUUCCAUGUGCCAGGUUGAGGGUCUUGAGGUCAGCCCCGUCUCUCCUCCUACUGCGAGAGAUGACCGUCCCUUCUUCGGUCAGACCAACCACUGGCUCAGUCUUCCCGAUGCCGACUCCUUCGCCGCUGCUCUUCGCAUUACCUCCACCCAGGAGGCUGAGAAGUCUCAGCUCGACCGCCUUGCUGUCUCCUACCUCCGCAACAUCCUGCAGUCCUCCGGCCACGAGACUGACCAGCUCAAGAGCUGGGCCCAGACUGUCCUUGCCUGUCUUGGUAAGAAGGAUUCCCUGCCUGUUAUUGAGCAGUCUGAUGUUGCUGUUCAAGACAACUCUGUCUACAAGACCAACUUCAGCAUCCUGAAGACCAUUGGUGCUGGAAUUGAGAAGGGUGAGCUUCCCCAGGGCUUCGAUGCCUCUGAGCUUCUCAACACCUUCUACGAGAGUUCUCUUGGAGCUGCUGAGGCUCGUGAAGCUCUCGCUAUUUUGGCCCAGCAGAUUGUUCGUCGCUACCCUCACAUGAACAUUCUGGACCUCUCCAGCGGCUCUGGCAGUGUCACCAAGACCGUCAUGGACAAGAUUGGUGCUCUCUUCUCUGCCUAUACUUGCACUGGUGCCACUGACGAGCACUUUGCCCAACUUUCCAAGGAGUACCCUGCCAUCUCCACUCGGACCAUUGACUUUUCCGAGGAUCUCGAGGAGCAGGGCUUUUUUGCUGGUGCUUAUGACCUUGUCAUUGCCGGCAACGGUUUCCACAGCAUCAAGGAUAACGUCGAGGGCAUGCAGAAGCUUCGCUCUCUCGUCCGUCCUGGUGGUUACCUCCUUGCACAGCAGAUCACCAACUCUGACUCUGCCCACGUUGGCCUGACGGUCGCUAGCGUUGCCCUCCAGCCUGAAGAGAUCAGCAGCACUUCGUCUCUGAUUGCUGACCUCGGCGAGUACGAUGACAUCUUCCGCACUGCUGGCUUCUCUGGCAUCGACACUGUCACUCCCGACUCUGCCAGUCCUUUCACUGUCUUCGUGACCCAGGCUAUUGACCAGCAGAUUCUCAAUAUCCGCGAGCCUCUGCAGUCUAGCAAGGUUGACUUGGAGAAUGUUCUCAUCAUUGGUGGCCAGCGCUUCCAGGUUUCUCGCAUGAUUGAGACCAUGAAGAAGUCUCUGUCUCCUUUUGCCAAGAACAUCGAGACUAUCCGCUCUCUAAAUGACCUCGAUGCCUCCAUGCUGGCUACUCGCCCCUACGUUGUCUCUCUUACAGAGCUUGACGACCCCUUCUUCGAGAACCUUACCGACACAAAGUGGGAAGCUCUCAAGACCCUCUUCUUCCGUUCUCGCUACAUCCUAUGGGCCACUCAGGGUGCCAACGGCGACGCUCCCUAUGCAAACGUCAUGAAGGGUGUUGUUCGUUGCAUGCUUGUCGAGAUCCCCCAUCUUCACGGCCAGAUGUUUAACAUUGAAGGCCAGCUAAAGCCCGAGCAGCACUCUCUGACAAUCGUUGAGUCCGUUAUGCGUCUGCACAUUUCUGACACUUGGAAGGACAAGGUCCCGACCUAUGACCCUCUCUGGACUGUCGAGCGUGAAUACAUGCUCAAGGAUGACAAGCUCUGGAUCAUGCGCUACGAUUCCGAGAACACCCUCAACGCUGGCUAUAAUGCUCUUCGUCGCCGUGUUAUUCAGGAAGUCUCUACCAAGGACCAGGUUGUUGCCCUCACCCCGGAGAAGCAGCUUCAGCAGUACCGUCUGUCCCCCAAAGCCACUGUCGAGAUCGAGGGCAUCUCCAACAGCACUGUCACUGUCCACCAGUCCCUUUCGUCUGCUAUCAAGGUCGAGGGUCUUGGCUUCAUGCACUUGAGUGUUGGCAGAGAGGCCGAGACCGGCGCCACUGUUGUCGCCUUUUCCGAGAAGAACCAAUCUUCUCUUACGCUUCCCAAGUCUCGCCUCCUCCCCAUUGAUGUUCCCGAGGGCAAAGAGCGCAGCCUUCUUGUUGCUAUUGCCUGCAACAUGCUUGCUAAUGAUCUCCUUGGCAAGGUUACUGCCGGCGACCGCAUCGUUCUUCAUGAACCUCCCACUGUCUUGACCAAGCUCCUGACUGAGCGUGUCGCCAAUACUGGUGUCCAGCUGCUCUUCACCACCACUCGCAGAAAGGCUGCUCUCCAGGCUCAGUGGAAGCACAUUCAUGCCUACAGCACUGACCGUGACAUGCGCCAGAUCACUGCUGCCAACACUGCCAUCUUUGUUGACUUUUCCAACAACGAGAAGCGCCGUGACGUUGUUGAGCACCUCACCGAGGGUCUGCCUUUUGGUACCCGCAAGUACGAGCUUGGUGAUUUCCUGCCUUCCCGCUCUGUUCUCUACUCAGACAGCACCGAGGAGCAAGUCAGCACUGCUCUCGAGAAGGCUUACUCGACCGCUACGGCUGAGCGUAGCUCCGUUCCUUUUGACAAUGUUGCCAACACCCGUGUCCAGCAGCUUGCUGACGAUGCCGAUCUGGCUGAGACUCUCACCACUGUUGACUGGACUGAUGCUACUCCUUUCCCUGCCAGUGUGACGCUGGCCAUGGAUGAAGUCAACUUCCGCCCCGACCGCACUUAUUUCCUCAUCGGCAUGACUGGUUCUCUGGGUCUGUCCACUUGCGAGUACAUGAUGGAGCGUGGUGCUCGCUUCUUUGCUUUGUCUUCUCGUCGCCCCAACGUUGACAAGCGCUGGCUGGAAAAGGUCAGCAAGGCUUAUGGCGCUGUUGUCAAGGCCUUCCCUCUUGACAUUACCAGCCGUGCCAGUCUCCAGAAGGUGCACGAUGACAUCAACGACACGAUGCCUCCCAUUGCUGGUGUUGCCAACGGUGCUCUGAUUAUGCGCGAUGGCCUCUUUAUGGACUCGAGCGCCGCUACCAUGAACGAAGCUCUUGGUCCCAAGGUUGCUGGUUCCGUCUUCCUCGACGACCUCUUCUACAAUGUUAACCUGGACUUCUUCAUCCUCUACUCUUCUCUUGUCUAUGUUACGGGUAACAUUGGUCAGACUUCUUAUGCUGCCGGCAACGGUUUCAUGGUCAGCCUGGUCCACGGCCGCCGUGCUCGCGGUCUCAAUGCUACCGUCAUGAACCUUGGUGGUAUUAGUGGUAUCGGCUACAUUACUCGUACUGACCACGGCAUUCUCGGCAAGCUUGACAUUCUUGGAUAUGGUAUCAUGUCCGAGCUUGACUACAAGUACUUCUUUGCCGAGUCCGUCAUGGCCGGUGCUGCCGACUCGGGUCGCAAUCCAGAAGUCUCUGCUGGCCUUCGCUAUGUCAACAAGACGGAAAAGAACCCUCCCAAGUGGGUUGUCGACCCCAAGUUCUCUCACUACGUCAUUGACCGCACUUCUCGUGAUGGUGGCGACAAGGGUGGCGACAGUGCCAUGUCUACCAAGGCCCAGCUUCUCGAGGCUACUACCGAGAAGGACGCUUUCAACAUCAUCUUGAACGCCCUCAUGGCCAUGCUUGGCAAGAAACUUGAUCUGCCUCCUACCGAGAGUGUCCACUCCGAUGUUGCUAUUGUCGAGAUGGGUGUCGAUUCUCUCGUGGCUGUCGAUCUUCGCUCGUGGUUCUCCAACGAGUUUGAGCACGACAUUCCUGUUAUCAAGAUUCUUGGUGGUGCAACCCUUGCCGACUUGGUCGAAGAUACUGUUGCCAACAUGUCUCCUGAUAUCUGCCCCAACAUCAGUGGUGGCUCUAGCGACGAUGCCGAGGCUAAGCCCGUCCCUGCUGCUGAGGCUCCCAUCCCUGUUGCUGCUGUCGAUUCAUCCAGCGGCGACUCGGCGUCUUCUAGCGAUGAGCGUGAAAGUGCUACCUCUGUCGAGACUGCUCCUACCACCGCUUCCAAAGUCACCAAGGAAGUUAUUGCUGCCCCCAAGCCUACCGUUGAUGUUGCUCCCAAGCGUCACUUUGUCCGCGAGGAGAAGAUGACUCAUGGUUGCUCUCGCUUCUGGUUCCUUCGCCAGUACCUCGAGGACUCUACCUGCUUCAACGUCCUGGUCCAGACACGCCUCAACGGCAAGAUUGACUCUGCUCGUCUCCAGGAGGCUGUUCGCAAGCUCGGUGCUCGCCACGAGUCUCUUCGAACAUCCUUCUUCGUCUCUGAAAAGGGUGAGCCCCGCAUGGGUGUCAUGUCCGACUCCCUUCUCCGCCUUGAGGUUGAGAAGGCUCAGGAGAUCAGCCAGGCUGAGAAGGCCUACAAGGACAUGAUGGGCUACAACUUUGACAUUGAGCGUGGUGAGGUCAUCCGCAUGAGCCUUCUCUCCCUCUCUGAGACCGACCACGUUUUCAUCUUUGCUGUUCACCACAUCGCCAUGGAUGGAUUCUCGUUCAACCUCAUGAUCCGCGAUCUCGACAUGAUGUACCAGGGCAAGCCUGUUCCUCAGACCCCUGCUCAAUUUACCGACUUUGCCAUCCAGCAGCGUCGCGAUGUCGAGGCCGGUCGCAUGCGCAACGACAUUGCUUUCUGGAAGAAGACCUUCUCCAACAUCCCUGAUCCUCUUCCUCUCUUCCCCUUUACUGGUGUCGGCAACCGUAUGCCUCUUGUCAAGUACGAGCACGAGGAAGUUGAGAUUAGCCUGGACGCCGCCAUGGCCCAAAAGAUUCGCAACCUCUGCCGCCAGAACCGCUGCACCACUUUCCACUUCUUCCUCGCUACGUUUCAAAUCUUCCUUAGCAAGUGGCUCGAGGUUGACGAUCUCUGCAUUGGUAUCGCCGAUGCCAACCGCAGCGACAUCAAGACUUUGUCCACGAUUGGUUUCCUCUUGAACCUUGUUCCCCUCCGCUUCAGUGCCCUCAACGGAAAGGCUCCCUUCUCCAGUGUCCUUGCUGCCGCUAAACAGACUGCUUACAACAGCUUGGCCCACUCGAAGCUUCCCUUUGAUCUUCUCCUUGAGGAGCUGAACCUCCCCCGCUCUUCCUCCACUAGCCCUCUGUUCCAGGCAUUCCUUGACUACCGUCAGCUGGCUGUCAAGACUCCUCCUAUGCUGGAGUCGAGUGCUGAGGGCGAGCAAAACUUUGGAGCUACCGCCUAUGACGUUGUCCUCGAUGUGACUGACUAUGCCAUGGCUGACAUCAAGAUCAAGUGGCAGACCCAGAAGGCCCUCUACAAUACCAAGCACACCGAGGCCAUGAUGGAAAGCUACAUGAACCUGCUCAACCACUUCGCCAACAGCGCCACUUCUUCUGUUGAAUCUGCCCCUCUGUACCGCUUUGAAGAUGUCAAGGCCGCCGUCGAAGCUGGCCAGGGUUCCCAGUUUGACGGCCAGUGGCCCGAGACCCUCUCCCUGAAGAUUGACGACAUCUCUGCCAAAUCUCCCGAAAGCAUUGCUCUCGCCGAUGUCUCGAAUAAUUUCACAUACAGCUCGAUGAACCGCUUCAUUGACCAGAUCAUUGAAGAACUCGUUCAGGGUGGUGUCAAGCCUGGCGACAAGGUCGGCAUCUUCCAACAGCCCUCUAGCCUCUGGAUCAGCUCCCUCCUUGCUGUUUGGCGUGCCGGUGCUGUCUAUGUUCCUCUUGAUCCUCGCAACGGUGUUCCCCGUCUUGCUUCCACUGUUGGUGUUGUCCAACCCCAGGCCAUCAUCCACGACAAUGCCAACGCCAAGGACGUUUCUUCUCUUGCUGCCCCUGCCAGUGCUAGCAUCAUCAACAUUAACAAUGUUCGCAAGAAGGAUGCUACUGUUGCUCACCGCCCCAACCUUUCGACUGGCAACUCUUCUGCCAUUAUUGUUUCCAGCUCUGGCUCUACCGGUGUCCCCAAGUGCAUCGAAGUCCGCCACUCCAGUCUCCUUAACCUCUUUGAGGGUGACAGCAAGACCUGGAAGCUCGGUAGCGCCAAGGUCCUCCAGCAAAGUGCCUACAGCUUCGACAUCUCUCUGGACCAGAUUAUGACUGCUUUCGUCAACGGCGGCACUCUCUACGUCGCCUCCGAGGAAGAGCGUACUAACCCUGAACUGAUUGCCAAGGUCAUUGUUGACAACAACAUUAACUACACCACCGCCACUCCUUCAGAGUACUCCAACUGGAUUGGCUUUGCUUCUGAGACCCUUGCCAAAGCCUCUAGCUGGCGCAUUGCCAACGUUGGUGGUGAAGGCUGGAACAGCAACCUUCGCGAUUCCUUUUCCAACCUCAAGCUUCCUGAGCUCGUGAUCCGCAACAACUACGGCCCUGCCGAGGCCAGUGUCUGGGCUACCCGCUACCCCAUCGAGUACCCUGGUAAGGGCACUCUCAUCCCCGCCGGCCCUGCGCUUCCCAAUUACUCUUUCUACAUCAUCGACAAGAAGAACAAUGUUGUGCCCACUGGUGUCCAGGGUGAGAUUCUGAUUGGUGGUGCCGGUGUUGCUGUCGGAUACUACAAGAACGCCGAACUCACCAAGGACAAAUUUAUUACUGACAAGCAUGCCACUGAGGCUCACACGGCCAAGGGCUGGAACCGUGCCUACAAGACUGGCGACAAGGGCUAUCUUACCGAAGAUGGUACUCUCGUCGUUCAGGGCCGUAUCAGUGGUGACACGCAGAUCAAGCUCCGUGGUUUCCGUAUCGAGCUUGAAGACAUUGAGUCCACCAUUGUCCACGCUUCUCAGGGUGUUCUUACCCGUGCUGUCGCCAACGUUCGUGGCGACGGCCCUGCUAGCUACCUCGUCGCCUUUGCUGAGUUUGCCGAUGGCUACCCCGCCGAAGAGCAGGACGCUUACCUUUCCAAGCUCAUUUCCAAGCUGCCUCUUCCUCAGUACAUGCGCCCCAAUAUCAUGGUCCCGAUUGUCGACAUCCCCGUCAACGCGCAUAACAAGGUCAAUCGUCUUGCUGUUGCUACUCUCCUCAUUCGCACCGCCUCUUCUGACGACAGCACCAACACUGAGCUUACGGAAACUGCCAAGACGAUUCGUGACAUCUGGGUUGAUAUUCUCCCUGAAUCGAUCGUUCAGAACACUACCCUCAACGCCUCCAGCGACUUUUUUGUCCUUGGUGGCAACUCUCUCCUCACUGUCCGCCUCCAGUCUCGCCUCCGUGAGAUUUAUGGUGUCUUUGUUCCUCUCAUCAAGAUCAUGGAGUCUUCUACACUCUCUGGUCUCGGCAACACCCUCGACGAUCUCCUUUCCAACCAGGAGAUUAACUGGGAUGUCGAGACCGCCCUCAGUGAUGAGAUGCUGAGCGUCACGCCUGCCAAUACCAACACUACACGUCCCAAGACUACUGAUCUGACUGUUAUCCUCACUGGUGUUUCCGGUUUCAUUGGUCGCCACCUCCUCCAGCGCCUGAUUGAAGACAAGAAUGUUUCAGCCAUUCACUGUGUGGCUGUUCGCAACAUUGAAAUGGAUAGCCCCUCUCGUCAGAAGAUGAAGGCCCUCAUUGCCUCCACCAACAAGGUCCAGCUCUACCCUGGUGAUCUCUCCGAGCCUCGUCUCGGUCUCUCUGAGGCCGAGUUUGACACUCUUUCCAGAAAGGCCGACAUGAUUGUUCACAGUGGUGCCAACCGUUCUUUCUGGAGUGCCUACGACAUGGUUCGUGCCCCCAAUGUGCAGUCUACCAAGGAGCUUGCUCUGAUGGCUGCUACUGCCCUCCGUGACUCCAACAAGGUCGUUCCCUUCCACUUCAUGUCUGGUAGUGAGGAUGCCGGUGUUGAGCCCUCCACCGAUGGCUCCAACGGCUACGUUGCUUCCAAGUGGGCCAGCGAGCAAUUCCUCCAGCGCUUCGCUGACCAGCUUGGUGUCCCCGUCCACGUCCACCGUCAGCUUCCUGUUCCCGAGGGCCGCACCGCACAGGGCGAGGAACUCGACAGCAUUCUGCAGGAGUUUGUCGAUGUUGCUGCCAAGAUGCCAGAGCUUCCCAAUCCUGACACAUGGCGCGGUUACUACGACCUGAUCCCUGCUGACCGUCUCUCUGACGACGUUGUUGAUCUGGCCAUGUCUGGUCUGGUAUCUACAAGUAACGCCUUCAGCAAGCACUCUCACUAUAGCUCUGUCCGCAUGGACAUUGGCGAGGUGAUUAAGAAGAUUGACUCGCUAGACGAGUACAAAAACACCGACCGUCCUUUGAUUCCUGCCCACGUCUGGGUUGGCAAGGCCAAGAUUGCCGGUUUCAGAUACCAGUUCUCCACCAUGAAGAUGUCUUUGCAAGACGCCGAGGGCAAGAACAUGGGCUUCCUGGAGCGGUAA